UUGGAUAAGAAAUAAAAGGCCGUACAUGUACCUGUAGCUACCAUUCAAAGGCCGAGGGGCUUCGGACUCGAAACAAAUGUAAAUUGAAGUAUUUUUAAGAGACAUUUAUUUUGAAAUUAACAUUUGAUAUUUGAAGAGAUCGACAGGUCAUUGGCUCAUAUUGUACGACAGACAAGGUUUUAAGUUGCUGUAUAUGCAUUUAUUUGAAGUAAAGACAAUGGCGACACAGCAAAAAUGUGCUUACAGCGCGUUCCUCCCGACAUUUUUCGAUAAAUUUGGUGGAAGUUACCCUCCUCGCUCAGUUUUCCACAACUGGCCGACAUGUUUCCAAAUCUAUCAAGAUGUCUGCCUUGAAAUGCCUGAGAAGUUAUACACUCUCAACAGUUCAGAGAAGUUCAGGGAAUGGAUGACGGAGGAACUAAGCGGGGUCGAUUUGUUGAAAGUUGGCGAAGCCAUCACGUCGCUGAUUAACACGGAGUGUAUCCCGGUGUUGACGGGCUACCUGGCCUGUCUGAGCUACCUGGCACACGCCUAUCGCUGGGGCACAGUACCAACCACGAGCCUGGAACGGGAAAGAAGCACUCUCGAAUUCCCGGACUGCCUCUGGGACCCUUUUAAAAAGGUAAAUGAUUAUUUUGGGCUUCCAUAUCGUGGCAACCACUUUUCACUCAUGGCAUGCAACGCAAUUUUUGAUAAAAAUGGAUCGCCUGUGGGUAUGAAGUUCAAGUGGAAUUUUGACCCAGAAAUAGCGUACCAGGAAAGUAACUUCAUGUUACUGAUGGCAAAAGCCGAGUGUGAAGUCCCUCCCAUCCUUGGUGCUUUCGGAGAGUAUUUGGAUUUGCUUCAAACCUUCACCACCGCAGACGACAGGAGUGACGUGGAACAGCAGAUGAUCGAAAAGGUGUACCUCGCAAAGGGGCACCUCUCGGCACUUCUUAAACAGGCCAAUAAAAUAAUGCACGACAGUUUCAUUUCAAGAGAGGUCUUUGCACCGCACAUCCAGGGAAUGAUUGCAUGGGGAUUAAGCACGGACGUUGGGUCGUCUGCUGCGGAAAAUCUCAUUUUCCAGGCACUCAAUGUGUUUUGCGACAUGGAGGGUGCGAGCGAAAUGAGUCGUUUUGGAAUGAAGACGCGGAAGAGCAUCCCAGACACCUCCAGGCUUUUAUUGAAGAAGCUUGAAGAGAGCACUAAAGGAAAUCUCUUUCCUACAGAGAAACUGAUCCAAGCCAAAGCUGACUUGAUUACGGUAUUUUAUGCCUUUAUUUUGGGACAUGCGCGAAAGGUACCCGACUACAUAGCUAAAAGUCCAAUGACUGCAUCCAGAUUUUUAUUAAAAGAUUUGGUAUCCAACUUCAAGCGUAAAAUGAAGGAGCGGUGCGACGAAGUUUUAUUUGUUCGAAACAAAGCUUUGGGCAGAUCAGCUGACAACGCCAUCAACGGCAGUGGAAUCGAGAAAACCUUUGCGUGGUCUUGGAGUAAGGCGUUGUUUUAUUGUCGAAAGGCUCUCGUGAUGAGGUCUAAUUGUCGAUUGCCAAUUUGGAAUUAUUCUCAUCUGUUAAUUUUUGCUUUCUUAUGUUUGUUAUGCCCAGUUAUCUUUCUGUGAGUGUCAAAACCCCUUUUGUUUACUAUGACUGUAUUUUGUAAAGACAUUCCAUGUGCACAUCAAGUGCAUGUGCAGAUUUGACUGAAAAACACCCAUUUAAAGCGAAUUUUGACCGUUUUGAUGAUUUCUUGAUAUAUCCUACAAGUUUUGCAGUAAUUCUAAACACUGAAAAAAAUCGUUUUCUAUAAUUGAUCUUUUGUUCGUUUCCGAUGAAAUUCAUUGUUCUUCACAAAAUUACAAGAAAACAGCUUUUACGAUCAUGUGAUAAAGACUCCAAGACUGAAACACACGAGUCGCCCUCAAUGCAAGGAUCAAAGGUUUAAUGAAGAUGCAUAUUUAGAGUGUAUAUCUGUAAUGUCUUAGUGGAGGCUAAGAAAACCAGUGUAAGGUACAUACACUGUAGUCAGAUCCAUUAUGUAUUGUAUUAUGGGUUCAGGGUUCAUAAAUUUAGUCCUAUAGGCCUAGUAAUGACGUUUGUUUGCUUGGACCGGAUUAUGAUUGGAAACUUGACAAUAAUAAAAUAUUAAUUCAAAAAAUUUGCGAAUAAAGUUAUAUGGAAUACAUGUUUACAUUA